AAGGGUUACAACUUACAAGAGUGAAUGAAGUGUGUGAAGGAGUGAGACAUACUCUGCAUUUCUGGUAAGAAUGGUGAAACUUGUUCAACAAUCAUGGUGGAAAUUCAGUACUUGUUUUCUUAGGGUUUCUUCUUCAUAUUCUACAAUAGCUGAAACCAUAGCCUCCUUAGAUUUGACUAAUAAAGAUGAACAAGGUUCUAACCCCUUAACCUCGUCUCCAAAGGAUGCUCUGUACAAUAGGCUACUCUAUUUGAAUCGCUCUAAGGAGUCCGUCAUAUCAGUACUGGACAAAUGGGUUACUGAACAAAAUCCCAUUAUGUAUGAAGACCUACUGAUUAUCGUCAAACAAUUUAGGUCUUACCGUCGAUACAAUCAUGCCCUUCAGAUUUUUGAGUGGAUUAAGAAGUCCAAGGAUUUUGAUAUAUCGCCUAGAGAUUUAGCGGUCGAACUGGAUUUAGUAUCAAAAGCCCAUGGUCUGGAAGCCGCAGAGACGUAUUAUACUAGCAUUCCAGAUGAUUCAAGAACCUAACAGGUAUAUGGCGCUCUCUUGA